UGUGUGUGUGUGUGUGUGUGUGUGUGUGUGUGUGUGUGUGUGUGUGUGUGUGUGUGUGUGUGUGUGUGUGUGUGUGUGUGUGUGUGUGUGUGUGUGUGUGUGUCUCUUGGUUUUUCUGUCUUGUGUUGUGUAAGGAAGCUAUGGGAAAGCAAAGAUGUUUUGAAUGAUACAUGCAUAUCCACAUGUGUUUGUGUAUGUGUGUGUGUGUGUAUGUGUGAGUAUGAGUGUGUCUGUCCUUGUUCCUCUGAGUAUGGUUAUUCUGGCGUGGCUCCGACUGUGCACACAUUUUUGCAUAUAUAUGACGAAGUGUCUGUGUGUGUUUUUGAAGAACAUGAACUGGAGACCGAAGUUGAGUGAAACACUGCCGUUUUUUUCGACUUCAUCUGUUUGUAUUCCUGGAACUGCAGCAUUGCUCAAUAAUGAAACUAGUAUGUGUAUUUUUGUCUGUGUAUAUAUGUGUCAGUGUGCCGUAUGUGUGUAUGUAUGUGUGCGCGUGUGUGUACAUACGUGUGUGUGUUGAGGGUGGGGUGGUGACUAAAGAGGUUCCCGAGAAACGAAUAGAUAUAGAUAAAAGCCCAGUUCCACUAUGGGUCGGUUCGGCGAAGAAUUGAUUAGACUGUUUGGUGACUUGGGAACCCGUGCUCCCUGCCCCACUGUGGUGCCCUUGUUCCCGUUUUAUACAUCCAGUCUAUGGUUUCAGUGUAGUCGGGGAACGUUCACUCAAAGGUUAUGGGGCUUGUGAACAUGCAGUUGCUCGGCCACGCAGAGUUCUUGGAAUUCAAAACAUGUUUAAACAACAUAAGUUACUUCAGAACUCUCUUAUUUACAGUUGGCGCAACUAAUCCUUUUUUGUGCAUUGACUCCUCCUUUUGCCUUCCCCCCCCCCCCUCCUUUUAUUCUCUCCCUCACUCUCUCUUUCUCUCUCUUCUCCGUAUCUCUCUCGGUGUCUCUCUCUUCACUCUUUCUGCAUGUCUUUUCACAAACCUCUCACUUCUCCCUAAACUGUGUUCAUUCUCGCACCUCAACUCUAUUUCGAUUUUUCCUCUCAAUCUUCCCUUUCGCACCUCUCGCUAACUUCACUUUUCUGCUCAUCUUUCGCACGUCGUUCUUGUGUUUGUACCUUGUUUUUUCACUGUUCUUCUCCUCAAACUCACCAUUUUUCUCUUAUUUUCCCUGGUUCUGUCCUUUUUGGUGGUGAAAGAUGUCUCCCAUACUGGCAGUGUCUGCGGUGUGAAGGUCUGAAGUGGAGCUGUCGCACGCACCCCGCCCAUCAUGUCCCAGCUUCUCCACGUGGAGAUUCCGAACUUCGGGGCCACGGUGUUGGGCUCCCUGAACGAGCAAAGGAUUCUGGGACAUUACUGCGAUGUAUCCAUCCUGGUCAAAGGCCAGGCCUUCAAAGCCCACCGGGCGGUGCUGGCGGCCAGCAGCCUGUACUUCCGGGACCUCUUCAGCAGCUCGUCCAAGAGCCAGUUCGAGCUGCCCUCCUCGGUCACCCCCGCCUGCUUCGAGCAGAUCCUCUCCUUCUGCUACACGGGGAGGCUCACCAUGGCGGCCAGCGAGCAGCUGGUGGUCAUGUACACCGCCGGCUACCUCCAGAUCCAGCACAUCGUGGAGCGCGGCAUGGACCUUCUGUUCAAGGCCAACUCACCCCACUGCGACUCCCAGACCACAGGGCCCCUGGAGGAGACGGGCUCCGAGCCCCAGAGCCCCAACAACCACCACCACCACCCGCACCACCUUCACCACCAACACCAUGGCAGCAACAACAACAACAACGGGAGCAACGCCAGCAGCUUAGCGGCCGCCGCGCUCUUGGGCGUCCACGGCUGGCCGGCUUCCAUCCUGCAGCAGCGCAAGAUCAAACAGGAAGGGGCGGAGCAGGCGUCGCUGAGCGUCACGCCGGCCACCGGGACGCCGGGCAAGACGUCGUCGUCGUCGUCGUCGUCCGCGUCGGCGGCGGCGACGUCGGCGGCCGAGCUGAGCCGCCUGGCGCGCGCCAACUCGUUGUUCUACACAACGGUGGGCGGGACCACCGUGUUCCCGGGGCUGCCGCCAUACCACCUCACCCCAGGUGCAGGAGGAGGAGGAGGAGGAGGUGGUGGAGGAGCAGAGAGGUCCAGUCCGGGCGCGUCCAGCCUGCCGACCACGGACAGCCCCACGUCCUACCAGAACGAGGACGAGGAGUUUGAGGAGGAGCCCUACGAGGCCAUCUCGGAGGACGCCUACAGCCAGAUGUACGCGCGCGCCGCCAACCCCUACGGACUCCAGGACAAGGCGGAGAUGUCGGGGGUCCCUCUGUCCCUGGAGAGCCGCAACUGUGUCCUGAUCCGGAGAGACCUGGUGGCCCUGCCCGCCAGCCUCAUCAGCCAGAUCGGGUACCGCUGCCACCCCAAGCUCUACACCGAGGGGGACCCUGGGGAGAAGCUGGAGCUGGUCGCUGGCACCCAGGUGUUCAUGACACGGGGUCAGCUGAUGAACUGUCACCUGUGUGCCGGGAUCAAACACAAGGUCCUGCUCCGUCGCCUGCUGGCCACCUUCUUUGACAGAAACACCUUGGCCAACAGCUGUGGUACAGGCAUCCGCUCCUCCACUAGUGACCCCAGUCGGAAACCGCUCGACAGCCGAGUGCUCAACGCCGUCAAGCUGUACUGCCAGAACUUCAACCCCAACUUCAAGGAGAGCGAGAUGAACGUGAUCGCGGCCGACAUGUGCACCAACGCCCGGCGCGUCCGCAAGCGCUGGCUGCCCAAGAUCAAGUCCAUGCUCCCCGACGGCAUGGAGGUGUACCGGGCCGGCCUGGGGGGCAUGGGGGCCGUGGUGGGCCUGGGCCUGGUGGGCCUGGGAGCCCCGGCCCCCGCCGCCACCGCCGCCUCCGUCGGCCUCCCCUUCGAGGGCGACUUCAAGGGCAUGGAGCACAGGCUGUUCCCCGACCGCAAGGAGCCGCUCAGGACUCAGCCGCUGCUGGGCGAGGGCAGCCCGGCCAGGCCCAUGGAGGCAGACGAAGGGGUGGAGAAUGGAGGAGGAGGAGCGGGGGAGGAGCUAGAGGAGGAGGAGGAGGGGGAGGCGGGGCUGGAGGAGGGCAUGGAUCAUCACGUGUCACUGGCGCCAGGGGGGCAGGGGGACUCCCCCCCUGGACAGGAAAGGGAAGAGUUCGGGGAGGACCUUAGGUUGAACGGACAGUGAAUGUCGCCCAAUAGGAGGCCUCUUCCUUUUCUCUCCUCUUCUCUCCCUCUCCUCUUUUCUCUCCUCCUCUCUGCCCCCGUCUCCUCUCCUCCCUUCUCCUCUCUGCUCCCUCUCCUCUCUUCCCUUCUCCUCUCCUCCCUUCUCCUCUCUGCUCACUCUCCUCUCCUCCCUUUUACUGUUCUCUCCCCUCCUCUAGUCUGCUCUCCUCUCCCCAUCUCUGCUCUUGCGAUAUCUCCCUCCCUAUCGCUCAUCACGUUGCUUUAUAUGCCGCCCGCUGAGAGAACUUAUCAGCACACAAACACAAACACAGACACACACACACACACACACACACACAAAGAAAAUCGAUGCUUGUAGAUCUAACAAUGCAGCACUUUGUUACUCAUGCAUGCACACACAUACAUGGGUUCUUAAGCACACACACUUACACAAGCCAAAUAGAUACAGGCAUGACAUUGAUAAACUCUUUAUAGUCACCCAGACCUAUUCAGAGAGAUGUCAUUAUUUGUCUAAAGGGAUGCCACAUGGCAAUGCCACAAUAUGAGUAUUUAUAUGGAUGCAUCCGGUUCCCAGAUAAAGUAUUUGUAAAACCGCCUAAGCAACCUUGGCGGAAUGGAAACGAAUAGAACAAAGUGUUACCCAUUAUUCCUGUGCAUUCAAAAGAAAGCCAGGAUUCAACAAACGUCCUUCUUCGAAUUUACAAUUCAUUGAUUACUUAACGUCAGUGAGAUAUGUCAUUUCGAGCAUACUUUUGACUUUUUAGUUUUUCCUGGUUUAACUAGGAUUGUUUGGCCUGCGAUGCAUAAAACGUCAGUGGGCUUGGCGAUAAGCAGUUACACGUUGGAUAAGGGUGUUCAUUGAGACCACAUGGAUGGCCUGUCCAAAGAAUUACUAAUUUCAAGUUCUUCUGGGGACAUAGUUGACCACCAGGAAAUCAAAGUGACUUUGCAGACGAACAGAGGAUUCCAAUGUGCACCCUAAAAUAGCAGCAUGUGAUUUGUUUUAUGAUGUAUGAAGAAUGGUUGCUUAAGGAUAAGGGGCCUGUAAAUGCCCAAUUCAAGCCAGAGAAGGGUAAUCGCAUGAAGGGGUCGUUUGUCCAUGGCCAGUCGCCCAUGACAUGUUAGAUCAGAUUGUCAAUGUGAUGCCUGUGUCUACUAGGACUAGGAUAAGGACACGCACAUGUACACAUGCCCACUUUCCCGACUGUCACUCCAUGUCUCUUUCUCAUUCUGUCUUUCUUACCCUGUCUCACCUCACUCCCUUUGUCCUCCUUCUUUCCCUGUCUCGCUGUGUCUUACCCUCUUGCUUGCUAGCUCUCUCUCUCUCUCUCUCUCUCUCUCUCUCUCUCUCUCUCUCUCUCUCUCUCUCUCUCUCUCUCUCUCUCUCUCUCUCUCUCUCUCUCUCUCUCUUUGCUCGCUCUGGUACUCUCACUUUCUCUCUGUCUCUCAAGCUCUCCUUCACACACCCACACCCACAAACACACAGCCUUGCAGUGCAACUGUCUAAGCACCAUUUUCUUCCCCCUAAUAUACACACAGUAUAUACAAGCCCCAAGGGACGGUGUCAUGAACACCUGAGCGACAACAGGCACUUACAGAGCUUGCAUGCGUCGUAAUACUGAGAAUGAAUUCAGCGUAUUAUAAAGUAAAAAAAAUAAAUAACAAUGACGGCGAUGACAACAACAAUAACAAAAGUGCAAGCAAUGGUGCAAACAAUGGUGCCACCAACAAUGACCGCAUCCACAUCCAGACCAGCUGCUGCCCUCAAGAUAAGUUACGUCGGGAUUAUCAGCAUGUAGAUUGACAUUGGCACCGAACAAUGGGGUAGGAGGGGGGAGAGGAGCUUGAGUGAUAAUGAUGAAGAUGAUGAUGAUGAUGAUGAUGAUGAUGAGGAAGCACACUACGCUACGUUGUGGUGAACACUAGUGCAAUACGGUACAGGAUGCGCCCAAGCCAGAGAUGAGCGUGGUUCACCGUGACGAAGACGAUGACGAUGAGGUUGAUUCGAGAGACACUAAGACUUUGUAGUCCAGCUUUCAUCCUCCUCCUCCUCCUCCCCAACUUUUCUUUUCUUGUUUUUUGUAAAUUAUUGAAUGAAACUAAUUAGAGCGAUUUCUGCUGGCUUGUUGCAUUUGCACUUAAAAAGAAGAGUUGAAAUAUGGGAGACCUUUGUUUGUUUGUGGUAGUUUUUUUAUGUGACCGUACUAAAGAAUCGACUGAAAUUGCCCUCCCUUCGUCUCCCUUGUGAAUUUUACAACUGGCAGAUUGGUCACAUUUGUAGUUUCUUUUAGAGGAAUAUGUUGAAUAAGGACUUGGAAAUGUUUUUUUUUGUCACUUCUAUUUUUUGUUUUUUCACGCUUUGUGCCACACUUAAGGAUGUAAUCUCGUCAGCCAAUGCUUAUUGGGUAUAAGCAGAGAUAUUUAAACACUGUUGCAACGCCUCCUACGAUCAAUGGGCCUUAAUCGCCUGGCAGCCAUCUUGGCUCCUCCUUGGUCCUUAACGCUAACCAAGCUAGCGUUUAGAACCAGGCGGGGACUAGGUGAACAGGGACCAUAGUCAAAGCUUCAGACCAUCAAUUUGAUUGUCCGCCAAUAUUAAGUGGUAACUCAUUUAAGUCACCAGCAUUUUUGAAAAUCUAAGCGAUCGUUGUUAAAAUGUCGGAAAUACACGUAUUUGUUGUCUUUGAAGUUAAAUGUCAUACAGCUGAAGUUAAGUCAAAUGGCUUUUUGCUGAAAACGUUGAAUAUUAACAAGACUUUGCUAAUUGCUAGGCAAAAAAAUGUGUGCCCACUGUAAAUUUGAACUGUAUGCUAACGCUUCUACGGCUCAUCAUUUAAAAUGAAUGGGCCAGCUAUUCUGUUUUUUUUUGUAAACGUUCAUGUCUUUGGUGUGGGGAAGCUUUAAAAUUGCCCUGCACAAGGUGGACAGGGUAAAAUUGCACUAGGUAUCAAAAAAGGUUUACAGUAUUUUAUUUUAUUUUUUAAAAAAAUGUGAUCUGCCAUAGAAAACAAGGCUGGACGAGAAUGUGGUAAUUAUGGAUGAAUGUAAACUGUAGCACUGUAUUGGAUGUGGGUCCAAGCCUUUUAUCCAAUUGGUAAAAUACGAAACUUUAAUUAAAAUUUGGCGACACAGCAAAAUGGCCUGUAAGGUUAACAAUUUGACCGUGAGAGGAUGAAUGUUGAUAUAAACUAAGGAUGUUUUCCUCUUUUUUUAACAAUGUUGGCUUUGAAUAGGUCUUCCAAAAAGAUGGAAAGUAAUGUUACGAUUUAAAAAAAUAAUUAAGUCACACUAGGUUGAGGCUCAACCCAUUAUCUCUAAAUUCCAACAAAUAUUCUUUUAAUCACUUACUUUGUUUUUUUUUAGUUUCCCUCUGCUUUUUAGGCUGUGUUAAAGUGACAAGUCUGUACAUAUAAGAUAUAGCUUAAGAGAACGCUACAAACCAUGAUUUAGGGAAAUAUUAGAAUAAUUAAAAAUCUCAAAACAAAAGGCUAACAGAAUUUUAAAUUCCAAUUUCCACCUUUCAAAUUACAGUAGAAUUAAUUUAUUUCUUAAUUGAUAUUAGGUAGCCUAGUAUUUGUUUCGAUAACAUAAAUUUGAUAGGCCUGUAGCCUAAUGCACUUUGAAAUACACAAAUAUCAGUUUGCUGAUUUUUCUUCGGCAAAUUACAUAGCAAUUUAUAUAUGGAUUUCAUUGAAAAGUUAGAUUUCCCAUAAAUGGUUAAACACAUUAAGGAUCACGAAUGACAAUCAAUGGGUUUAUCUUAUCAUAAAUCAUUUGAAUAUACCAAAUCCUAUACAUCAUUUGGUGAAGCUACAAUUUAAUCUAGAAGGAAUUUGACUUUACAUGAAGAUUGCAAAUUAAAUGUUAGUCAUGGAUUGAUCUGAACAUUAGAUUUUUCUAACCAGAGUGUUAUACAUGGGAGGGUGGAUUAGUGCCUUAAAAUGCAAAUGUUGACAUGAUUUGUGUCCAGACAUUAACAAGAUUAUCUCCAGUUGUAUUAUCUCCAGUUAAAUGUUAAUUAACAGUUAGGAAUUCCGAGGUUCUCUUGAUUUUCUGUUCGUCAUAACCAUGUUUCCAGCUUGAAAGUUUUGAGUAUUAUCCUCUGCUUCAGCAAAAAUUAUAUCCCAAAAUAACUCAUCAAUUUGAUGUCCUUGAAAUUAUGCACUCUUAUAAACUUCAGAAUUUUUGAAACAAAGUUUGUCAAGGUGAAAUGUUCAUCAUCAACUAGCAUGGAAUGUGGAUGGUGUGGGCCGACCAAUGUUUAAACAGCGGUAUGUCCAAUUCUUUGUUUCCUUUUGUUAAAGAUAUAUGCAGACAUUUGUACCCGUUCAAUCAUGUCCAUUGCCUUUUUCAGAGACUAUGCGGCUUUGUAUCGUCUUAAACGUGGUCUGAUCCAGGCUGUUUUAAAUAAUUUCUUGUUUCAUUCAACUUCACUCUCUUCCGCUUUGCUUUUUUGACCUGUGUGUUGUACAGUACAAAUUGAACUGUUUGUAAAGAGGACAAUUCUGAAAGAAUGUCAUAGCUAACCUUAAAGGAUAUAAAUACAGUAUGCAACUGUA